AUGACGAACUACGUUCAAGUUGUGUCGACGCCUACGGCGGAUACAGGCGCCAGUCUUUUGCUCCAUUUCGACCACCGACGAUAUUUGUUUGGCAACCUUUCCGAAGGAACUCAGCGAGCCCUGAGUCAGCGCAAGCUCGCCGUCGCUAAGCUGGAGACCCUUUUCAUGUCGGGCGAGACCAAGUGGGAAAACACGGGCGGCAUGAUUGGCAUGAUGCUCACGAUUGCCGACGUUCAGGACGGCAGCCGGAGGGAGGUACAGGCCCGGAACGAAGAAAACAAGAAGAUCGGCAAAAAGCAGGUGGAACUCAAAGGCCCCGACCACAUCGAGAUCCACGGGGCCCAGAACCUGAACUACUCCAUUGCGACCGCGCGGGGGUUCGUCUUCAGAAAGGGACUCCCUAUCCACGCUGUUGAGCUUUACGAGGACCCGAGAUUGACAAACUCUGAGGCUUCGAAGCCUGACUGGGAGGACGAUUCGAUCCAAGUCUGGAAAGUUCCCAUCUCUACUGACGAGUCCUUGUCAGCCCUCAACAAGUCACGUAAGAGAAGCCACGAAGUUAUGACAGCAGAGGACGAGGCUCUGCAGACCCCCGCCCGCACAGAGUCGACAUCGAUCGAGCAGCAGAAAUUGACCGAUCGGGAGGCACUUGAGGCGAUUGUGGGAGAGAUGUUCAACUCGGACUGGACCAUGGACAAGCUCUACGAGACAAAGCUGUCCCAGGUAAAGCUUCCUGCUACGGUCUUCAUCAAGGUGGACGGCCAGAUCCAAAAGUACAAGGGUCCCAUGCCCGGUGACAAGGGCGAGGUACCUGACGUCGAUGUCCUUGUGCGAUACCCCUGGCCAGCAGCCACGGUUGAGUCGCUUCCCGAAGCCACACGCUCCAACUCCGCCGUUUGCUACGUCGUCAAGAACAGAGGUCGCAGAGGCAAGUUCAACCCUGUCAUUGCUAAGCAGUUGGGAGUCAACCCUCCUGACUUCAAGUAUCUUGCGGACGGCAAGACGAUCAAGAGCAAGACUGGCAACGAAGUGACACCAGAUAUGGUGCUCGGAGCGCCGACGAAGCCUAUCGGCUUUGCCGUCAUCGACCUUGCGAGUACAUCUUACAUCGAAUCGUUCCUUGGCAGAUCAGAAUGGAAGAACGAGGCCGUGAUGGACAACGUGCUCAUCUUCUACUGGAUUCUCGGCCAGUCGGUAAUUGACGACCCGCGCAUCCAGAGCUUUAUGAAGGAGCGACCCAAUGUCAAGCAUAUCGUCAUGGCCCCGGACGCUUGCCCGAACAUGGUGUCGAUGGAAUCCUACGGCCUCCUUCACGCCAAGCUGCGCCACAUCGAUCCUGACCGCUUUCCUCUUCUCAACUCCGACAACACGGUCCGGGAUCUCUCGCACAUUGGCCCUAAUGUCGAGGCUGCGCGUGCUGGCAUGAAGGCCGUCUUGGGGGCGGAAGUAAAGGAAAAGAAGGAUGAAAUCGUGCCGUUCCCAACGUUCAAGGAAGUUGCUGGCAUUGACAAAAAGGCCUCGAAGCUAGCCUCGGAUGCUGUGACUAAGAUCGGAAAGCCUGGAUUCUUGGAAGAGGUCGAGAGGGUGGAGCAGGAUAUCCCUAACCGCGAUACCGAAAUCAUCCCCCUCGGCACUGGAUCUGCCCUGCCAUCCAAGUACCGCAACGUCUCUUCGACCAUCAUCCGCGUGCCGCAGUACGGCAACUACGUUCUCGACUGCGGCGAAAACACCCUUGGCCAACUUCGCCGCGCUUACCCCGCCGAGGAGGUCACCAAGAUUCUCCAAGAGACUCGAUGCAUCUUCAUUAGCCACAUGCAUGCAGACCACCAUCUCGGAACCGCAAGCUUUAUCCGUGCCUGGAGCGAAUCGACCGCCCACCUCAACCCGCAGCCCAAGCUUGGUGUUGUCAGCCCUAACGCCAUGCAGUACUUCCUCAUGGAAUACAACCGCAUCGAACCGAUGGCCUUUGAUCGCCUGAAGUUCAUCAGAAAGGACCAUGUCUUCCCUCACGGCGACGGCCGCCUGCCCGCCGACUGUCCUACCCGCCUCGCCUCUGUCCAGCUGGUCCCGGUCCAGCACUGCCAGCACUCGUAUGCCGGCGUCCUUACCUGGCCCUCGGGUCUCAAGAUCGCAUACUCGGGCGACUGCCGCCCCAGCGAUAAGCUUGUCGAGGCCGGCAAGGGCGCCACCCUGCUCAUCCACGAGAGCACUUUUGACGACGACAAGAAGGGCGACGCGCUGGCCAAGAAGCACUCCACCAUGUCCGAGGCUCUCGACGUCGCGUAUCGCAUGGGCGCGCGCCGUGUGCUGCUGACGCACUUCUCGCAGCGCUACGCCAAGCUUCCGCUGGUCGAGAAGCGGACGACGGCAACCGGCGCCGACCAGGCCGUGUUGAUGGCGUUUGACCAGAUGAGGGUCAAGCUUGGCGAGUUCCGCCAGGCUCAGGCAUUCUUGCCUGCUAUUAGACGCAUGUUGGACACGGACGCCUGGAAGGCGGAUGAAGACGAUUAA